CUCACGUAAAAUGAUCGAUAAUCUCUGAUAGCGGCCGUCUACAGGAUUAUCAAUCCCAGAUUUUUUUUUCUCCAUUGACUUGGAUGAAUCUUUUUUUUGUGUAUUUUAGAGGAUAUUUCUCCCCCACCCACCUUUGACCGUGGAGAGGUCGCCUGGAUUGGGAAGACGACAAUGAUUCAUUUGGACGCACUGAUAACAGAACCCAAGAGCUGUAGUGGAUGAUUGUGGAGUGGAAUUUAAGAAGGGAAUUUUUGAAGAGGAGAGCAGGGGAGGAGGAGCUGCUGGUCGGAGGAGGAAGAGUAUGGGCCGCUCCUCCGUGUGGAUCUUUCUCCUGUCCCUUUCUCUCUCUCAUCAAAGCGUCACAGCACAAGCCGAAGCAUGCCGGACCGUGGGGCAGGCGGACAUUGUCUUUCUGGUGGAUGAGUCGUGGGGUGUGGGAAGGACGAGCUUCACCACGGUCAAAGCCUUCAUCUCAACCAUCGUCUCCUCAUUCCAAGAUAAUGUGAUGGGCAACGAGGGGGUCCGCUUUGGAGUCACUGUCUUUGGCGACGUGCCAAGGAUGCAGAUUGCUUUGACCGACCACAGCUCAGUGGAGGAGGUUCUCAGAGCCAUCAAAGACCUCCCCUACGAGGGGGGAUCCAGGAGGACCGGCGAUGCCCUCCAGUUUCUGGUUGACCCAGUGUUCAGCCCCGUCAUAAGUCGAGACCACACCCCAAAGAUUGCUGUCAUGAUCACAAACGGACGUUCCGACGACCAGGUCGAUGUCGCGGCCCGAGCAGUAGCCGACAAUGGGAUUUCUCUCUUUGCAGUAGGUGUCAGGGGUGCCGAUGAGUCCGAGCUGCAGAGGAUUGUGUCGAAGCCACACGAGGAGCACAUCUUACUGAGCGCCGACUACGCUCUCCUCGAUAGCGUCCUUCCCAAACUGUCACGCAGAGUGUGUUUCACUGCCUCUGAACCACCGCUACCUGUGAAGGCCUCUGCACCUGUUGAAGAACCGGUAGUGGGCCCCAAAGACCUGCAAGUGAGCGAGUUGGCUCACAGUUCCCUCCGGCUGACAUGGAGCCGUGCCACGGGAGAUGUCACCGGCUAUCGUCUCCUGGUCUACCCUCUCAGCUCCAGUGGACGGGGCCCCCUGCAACAGAGACAAGUGGACCUGAAAGCAGAUGUGAGCACGGCGGUGGUGACGGAGCUCACCCCUAAAACCGACUACUCCCUCACGGUCUACGCCAUCUACCCGAGCCUCGUGGGAGACUCCGCGACGAUCACCGUCCAGACAACCCCUCUGCCUCAGGUAUUAAACUUCCGUGUUAUUGAGGAGGGCCUGUUCUCUCUGCGCCUGGGCUGGACGCAUCCUCUCGGGAAGCUCGACGGAUUCAAGAUCUUCAUCCCGAGAUCCAACCGACCAGGAUAUAUUUAUGAGAACUUGCUUCCCAGUGACGCCUCUUCUCACAGGAUUGACAACCUGGAAGAGGAUAAGAAGUAUACCAUCAGUAUUUAUGCUCUUUACCACCAAGGACAAAGUGAAAUGGUUUCAGUAGUGGGAAAAACAUUGAAGCUGGUACAAGUUCAGAAGUUCCUGGUUCAAAACGCCACCACAGACACUGUCCAGGCGAGGUGGGCGUCAGUUAAGGGGGCCUCGGGGUAUCGUCUAACAUGGGAAUCCCCAGACGGCCACAUAGAGAACGUAAACCUCGGGGACAACUUUAACUUCUACAUGAUCCAGGGCCUGCACUCGGCCUCUGAGUACACCAUCACCAUCAACCCCAUCUUUGGAGACAUUGAGGGGCCCAUCACCUCCACCAAAGCCAAGACAUUGGAAAGCAGCGCAGUGCAAACUUUGAAGGUGUCCGCCGUCAGCACCAGCAGCGCCGUUGUCUCGUGGAACAGUGUGCCAGGGGCCACCGGGUACAGACUGGCCUGGGGACCCACCCCAGAGUUUAUCGGUCGGGACCGUCCCAGGCAGUUGGCCCUGAAUGGCAGCACCACCGAGCACCAGCUGAAGAACGUAGCGCAUGACACCGAGUACGUCCUGUCUCUCUACGUGCUGUUUGGACCUUCGGUGGGACCCGGGAUGAGCGCCACCUUCAGGACCUCGCCGCUGGGCUAUGUGUCCAACUUCAAGGUGUCGGCGUACACCAGUACCUCCAUAGAUGUGGAGUGGAGUCCGAUUGUUGGAGCUACUGAGUACAAACUCUCUUGGAACACGGGUGACAGCAGCCCUCGGUCUCAUUACCUGGAACGCAGUGCUCUUUUCCAUCGUAUCACAGACCUGAACCCGCAGUCCACAUACACAAUCACCAUUUGUGCAGUUUAUGGCAACUCGGAGGGACCGGAAAUUUCAUUGUCUCAGCUCACAGCCGCUUUCUCGGGUCCGCAGCCAAUCCAGGCCGUUAGGGAAGUGAAGGUCGUCGACAUCGGAGUGAACUUCUUCACCCUGUCGUGGAGGAAAAGCAAAGGGGCAUCCGGGUACAAAAUCUCCUGGAUCCCCUUCCUUGGGGGAGAUGAGAAGUCCCAGGUGGUAUCCGCCGAUUCCACCACCUACACCAUCCACGGGCUGCGGGAGAGCUCGGCUUAUAAGAUCCAGGUGUCCUCCGUGGUGGGCCGUAGGGAGGGGAGCCCACUCCUGCUCACUGCACGCACCUUGGAUCUUCCAAAGGUGAAUGGCUUCGCUGCUCUUAACACCACAGACAGCAGCACUGUUCUGAACUGGACGCGUGUGGAUGCUGUUUCUGGAUACCUUCUCUCCUGGAGGCACAUUUCAGUGUUAGAGACUAAAACAGAGACCCUGGGCCCAAGUUUCACUUCCUAUAAGAUCAGAGAUUUGCAGUAUGGGAGAACCUAUAUUUUUACCAUCAGACCUUUGUAUGGAGAAAUGGAGGGCCCUAUAAGCACCGUGUUCCAGAGAAUAUGGGGACCGGAUCCCCCGGUGGUGACGGUCCAGCCUGUGCCGACCACCGUCGCCCCUCCUCUCACGACUGCCGCCAUCGCCAACACCAGCGUCCCUCACGCGGUCACAAGGACCACCCGGCACCCCAUCGCUGCGCCGCCAACUAAACCCGUGACCACCAAGAAGCCUCCGGAUCAGCCCAGUGUCUCUGUGGCAAAGGCGGCGGAAGUCCCCUCCGCUCCAUUGAGCGCAACCCGUGCAGAGACGGCAGCUCCACCAAAACAGGUGUGCGGCAAGACCAAAGCAGACAUAGUUUUUCUCGUGGAUGAGUCCUCCAGCAUUGGCGCCAACAACUUCAUCAAGAUGAAGGACUUCAUAUUCCGAGUGGCCACUUACUUCCCCAGCAUUGGUCCUCAGGGCACACAGAUGGCCGUGGUUCAUUACAGUGAUGAGCCUCGAAUUGAGUUCCGCCUAAGUGACUUUAAAGACAGAAACUCCGUGCUCAAGGCGCUCAGAGCACUACGUUACGGAGGAGGCAACACCAGAACGGGAAAAGGCAUCAGCUACGUUCUGCAGGAGCUUUUCCAGGAGUCUCUGGGGAUGAGGCAGGAUGUGGCCCAUAUUCUGGUUCUGAUCACGGAUGGCAGAGCCCAGGAUGAUGUGCUGCCACCCUCCAGAAUUGCACGCGCUCUGGGAGUCAGCGUCCUGGCCAUUGGAGUUUCUAAUGCAGACAUGGAGGAGUUGAAUAAGAUAGCGGCACCCACCAGCUACAAAAACAUCUUCUACUCACCAACCUUUGAUGACUUCCCUUCCAUAGAGAGAGAAUUCAUCAAUAUCAUCUGUAAUGAGGAGGUCCUUUCCGAGUUCAAACUUAAUGAUGAGUCCGCUCAGCUGGACACCGCGACUGAGGACCCAGAGGAGCUGCUUAAGGCUCAGGGUCCCUGUGACCCUCAGUGUGUGAAGGGCCAGAAAGGGGAACCGGGAGGUGGUUCUGGUCUCGGGGGUCUGAGAUUUCGGCAAAGUCCAGGACAGUAUGAUCCUUUCACUUCAACCAAAGGAGAAAAGGGAGAAAGGGGGCCUCCUGCAACCGAUGGUAUACCUGGAUUGCCAGGACGUCCAGGGAGAUCCGGACCCCCGGGUUCUGCUGGCCAACGGGGCCCUCAAGGCACACCCGGUGAUAUGGGUCUACCUGGAUUCACUGGUCCCAAGGGACAGAGGGGAGAGAGAGGAGAGCCUGGAUACGUCAUAGCUGGCGCAGAUGCAAAUUUCGUUCCUGGUCGAAAAGGAGAGCCGGGAUCUUCGGGUCCCCAGGGGCCUGCUGGCGUGCCAGGUGUCAAUGGCGCUCCAGGCCUACCUGGCCAACCAGGAUCACCGGGCCCACCAGGACUAUCUGUUAAGGGAGAUCCUGGGGAGCUGGGAGCAAAAGGCUUACGUGGGAAGCAGGGUGUGAAAGGAGACAAAGGAGAUUCGGGAAAAGAUGGUCUUGCAGGUUUGCCGGGUCCCAUUGGCAUUGAUGGGGUGCCAGGUUUAACAGGCCCGACAGGAGAGAAGGGUGAAGAGGGAAUUGGUAUACAGGGUAUUCAAGGUCCUCGUGGUGAGCCGGGAGAGAAGGGAAAUAUCGGCUUAUCGGGACCAGUUGGCCCAAAGGGUGAUCGUGGAGAGCAGGGAAUCCAAGGAAUCAUUGGACCUCGGGGAAAGAAGGGACUCGAUGGGGAGCAAGGGAACAAGGGAGACCGAGGAGAGAUGGGACCAAUAGGACCACAAGGACCCACAGGAUUUACAGGGCCGUUGGGGUUAAAAGGAGAUGAGGGUCCAAGGGGAGCCCCUGGAGAUCCUGCAAAGGGCAUAAUUGGCCCAACUGGAAAAAAGGGGGCCAGGGGAGACGUUGGUCCAGUAGGCGUCACAGGCCCCCAGGGGAUAAAGGGUGACCGGGGAGACAAAGGAGACAUGGGAAGUCCUGGUUUUGGGAUACCAGGACUACUGGGUCAAAAGGGAGAAAACGGAGAAAGGGGAAAUGUUGGUUUGUCAGGAAAACCAGGACCUAAAGGGAACGAUGGCUUUAAAGGGGACAGAGGCCCCAUUGGGUUAUCUGGCAAUCCUGGAGAACCAGGAUUAAGAGGUAAAGAUGGUGCACCCGGCGCUAACGGAGCACAAGGAACAAAGGGAGAGCAAGGACCACCUGGAGAGCCUGGUGACCGAGGAAUUAGGGGUCCAUUGGGGUUACCAGGGCGACCAGGGGACCACGGAGGCAAAGGAGAUACUGGGAUGCCUGGCCUGUCUGGCACUGAUGGAAAGAAGGGCGACAAAGGGGAACAAGGGAAACCAGGACCUCCGGGAGGACAAAGUGUUGCAGACCACAACAUACUGACCAGAGUUAUCAAGGGUGAGCCAGGAGAGCCUGGUCAGUCUGGUUUGAGAGGAGAAGCUGGUCAGCCGGGACCAAGAGGUCCAGAGGGGAAACCUGGAGUACCAUCUCUGGGUGGUUCUGGAAGAGAGGGACUUGAUGGUUUACCAGGAAAACCUGGAAUGAAGGGUGACCAGGGGAAAAAAGGAGAACCUGGUCUAAGGGGGGAUAAAGGAGACCAAGGACGGGGUGGGAUCUCCGGGAUGCCUGGUUUACCGGGAACGCCUGGGAGACCUGGCAUUGACGGAAAGAGAGGCCUGCAAGGAAAAGAUGGAGAGCAAGGACCGAAAGGAGAUGAUGGCAAAAAGGGAGACAAGGGGGACACGGGUGCAAAUGGUAAAGAUGGCAGUAGGGGAGAACCAGGGCCUCCAGGCCUGCCCGGGAAACAGGUGCUCGUCACAUCAGAGGGCGCCACCAUUGAUGUAAUGCGAGAAGCAUUUCCUAUACCAAUGGGUCCUCCAGGAGCUACUGGUUCACCGGGAUUGAAGGGGGAUAAAGGAGAAAGGGGCCUGAAAGGAGAAAUGGGUGAUGCUGGAGCUCCUGGGAAAUCUAUCGAGAUGAAGGACAUCGAAGUGAUGUUUGAAGCCUACGGUAUACGGCUGCCUUUGCUCAAGACUUUGAUUGACAGGCUGCUGCAGGACGGAAUUGAGGAGCUCCUUCACGUGCUCGGCAACUCCAAGAAAAAAAAAGAAAACACAGAAACUCACACCUCCAACGUCAUCACUGAGUACACGAGUUCAGUGAAGUUUGACCUCAACAGCAAGCCGCCGAAAGAGUCGGACACCGUGGAGGAGCCUGAUUUAAACCGGUCGCUUCCAGAGUUGUUGACCCUCGACCUUUUAGGGGAGAACGCAGAGGGCCCGACUUUAUGGACCGUCACCACCCUGAACGGAGAGCAGGAGCUCCACAGGGAUGACGUCAGGUCGAAGGACUCCGGAGGCAAGGAGGUAGCAGAUUAUGACCGUGAAGGCGUAUCAUCCCUGCAAACGAAUCUGACAGUAGAAAACUCAACGUUUAAUCACACAGCUGCACAGGAGACGGUUGCAGGUUUACCGGAUGCUGUGGCGGAGACCGUCCAACUCAUUCCGGAUUCACUGAAGAAGACCUCAGGACAGAAGAAGAAGAACAGGGAACGUGGGAAGGGCAAAGGAAAUCAAGGACGGCAUAAGAGGCAGAGACAACGCCUGACAAGUGAUGGGGACAAGCAGGAAGAAGAAGAUGAAGAAGAGGAGUUCUAUAACGGCGAAGAAUACAGUUAUGAAUACGAGGAAGAACUUCCCCCCUCGGACUCUUCAGCUCACCAGGAGAAGAACAACAACAGCAGAAAGGAGGAACAAUUGCCCACACCCAGUCCUGCUCUGAUGGAAACAUUGGUGGGAGCCUCCAGUCUUCCUCUGACAUCCUCUGCAGACAGACACGUAGUAGAUGCACAGGAUGAGGUGUCACUUCCCACACCGCCCGUCACAACAGAAGAACCAGACGAGGCACCUCGAAUCCAAAUCAGGGUGAAGAAAAGUGUACCGUGGCCCAAAAACAUGGUGUUCAUGCCAGGUGUCCCAGGUGGAAGAAGUCAAAUCAAGGAAGCACAAAAACAUUCAUCCUCUGGAGCGCGAGGUCACAACAGCUGGAACCAACAGAGGCCAGAAAGCGGUGACCUUCAAACACAUUCCAGGAGGCAGAGGCAGGAACGGAGGGAGAGGCGGCGAUACAGUGAUACAGAGAGGGAGACUCCUCCAGCAGCGCAAGGAGGAGAGGAACCAACUGGAUUUGAAGUGGACGAGUGGGAAAUGGAAAAAGGGGAAGCGGUACGGACGGAUGGAAAUGUCGAAACGGGCCCGGAUCCAGUGGAUGGAGAGGAGGAAAGGAGUGGGGACUACGACUGGGAGACGGAGGAGGACGUGGAUCGAGAAGGAGGAGAGGAAGAGGAAGACAUGGAGAGGGAGAGAGAGGAGCUGGAGAAGGAGAGGCAGGCAGAGAUGGAGCUGGAGAGAACAGAGCAGGAGGGAGAGAGGGACUCGGAGAGAGAGGAGUGGGAAAGGCGCAGGUUGGAGAUGGAGAGGAGGAGACAGGGGGGUUAUGUUGAAGGAGCCGGACAGCCAUACCCAUACCCUCCAGAGUAUUUUUACCUCAAGGGACAUCCAGGUGAGAAUGGAACUCCGGGACGAAAGGGGGAAAUUGGUGAAAAUGGACAAAAGGGAGAGCCAGGCAUUGGCCACAGAGGUCCAGAAGGCCAGGCAGGUCCUCCAGGACAGAAGGGUGAACCAGGCGAGCCGGGUCUUCCAGGUGCUCAGGGCAUCCAGGGGAUUCUUGGUAACACUGGCGUGCAGGGAGCCCCCGGACUUAGGGGGGCCCCGGGGGACCCAGGAGAACCGGGCCGGGAGGGGGACCGGGGUAAAAGGGGGAAGAAUGGAUCGCCCGGAACUCCUGGACCUCGAGGAGCAGCGGGACCUCACGGUCCUCUUGGUGAGCCAGGUGUUAAAGGAGAAAAGGGUCACAGUGCUCCUGGGGAGCCUGGUGCCAGAGGUUUGCCCGGCUUUGCAGGCAGAAAGGGUGAGAAAGGCGCUCUAGGAAUCAAAGGAGCUCCUGGGAAUUUAGGUUCAAAGGGCUGGCAUGGCACCAAAGGUGAAAAGGGUGAUCAUGGGUUUCCAGGAGUCAGGGGAGAAAGGGGGAGUAUGCUUCAAAUCCAAGGACCCCGUGGAUCUAAAGGUUCCAAAGGAGUUCCUGGUGAGCGAGGCGCACCAGGUUUUGAUGGCGAUAAAGGAGAAAAGGGCGAGGAUGGUCCUCCUGGAGUCAAGGGCAUAAAGGGGGAUGCAGGGACCAAGGGGGCAUUAGGGCGCUUUGGAGCACGAGGACCAGUUGGCCAGAAGGGAGAUCCAGGAGAGCCGGGACUCAAUGGCGUGAUGGGUCGCAGCGGAGAUCACGGAGACGAUGGGGCCAAAGGGGACAACGGAGACAAAGGACUACAAGGCCUUAAGGGCAAUCAGGGAGAUCAGGGAGAACCGGGCUUGCCAGGAGACCGAGGGGAGAAGGGAGAAAAGGGUUUCAGAGGCUUACCCGGACGCACCGGGAGUCCAGGUCUGUUUGGAGAAAAAGGAGAUAUGGGGUUACAUGGAACCCACGGUAUACCGGGGCUGAAUGGACUCACAGGGCGCAAGGGCGACAAGGGACAGGGCGGCAUCAAUGGCGUUGAUGGGGCUCCUGGAGUGAAAGGACACAAGGGUGAACCCGGCUUCCCAGGUUUUCCAGGAUUUAAGGGGUCUCCAGGGAAUCCAGGAAGGGUUGGAGAUAAGGGACCACCGGCAUCUCCAGGACCUCAAGGGGUCAGAGGACCCAAGGGGGACAAGGGCAGAAGGGGCAGAUCGAAAUCGUGUCAGAGGGGAGGCCCCGGGAUCCCGGGACUACGAGGUGAAAAGGGCACAAUGGGAACCGAAGGAGGAAAAGGGGACAAGGGGGAGCCUGGACUCUCAGCUGUAGAAGUGAAGCAGCUAGUCACCCAGCAGGUGGUAGAAAAAUGUGGGUUGGAAUACAAGUUCAUGGUAAAGUCCGUGGAUCCGGAUGGAACGACGGCAGUGAUGGAGAAUAGAAAAGAGCAGGAGGAUGUCGUGACAUCCCUCAACCCUGAUCACCAAAAAGGAGGCGUGGAGGAAGAAGGUGAAGAGGAAGAAGAAUAUGGAGACCAGCUGGAAGAAAAGACCAGUCCUGCCCCUGGAGUUCUACCGAACCGCACUGACUUGCUUGAGGGAGGGACAGCGGAUUGGGGACGGAGGAGGAAGAAAAGAGGGGUGUUUGGAACCAAGGCUGCGGCGGCGGAGCGCUGCCUGGAGCCAAUGUCGGAGGGGGCCUGUUCAGAAUAUGUUCUGCUGUGGUACUUCCACCCUCGCUCCGGGGAAUGCAGGCCGUUUGUGUUCAGCGGCUGUGGGGGGAACAGAAACCAGUUCUCCUCGAGGCAAGAAUGCCGUGGUCUGUGUGGGAUGGAGAGCAGAGGUACCGAGCCCUGGAGAGAAAACUAGGAAUCCAUGUCAAGAAAUCUAUUUUUGUACAUAACUGUUUGUGUAUUGGAUUUAUUUAUAAACCGCAACAGAUCUUGAUUGGUUUUUAUGGAC